UCUUCAGCUUCUCCAUUGAAAGUUGGUUGUUCUGGCCCACCGUUACUCUCAGAUACAUCAUUAACCGGUGCACUUUCACUCAUUUUCCACAAUACUCACUUUUAUUUUGUAACAAUAUCCUGCAGGUAACAAUUUAAGUUCAUAACUGAUCUUAUUGAGUACAGUGCAACAGUUGUAAUGUUGCUUGAAAGGUUAUAUAAAUAUUUUAUCCUAUUAAGUAUAAACGAAUUAUCAUAAUACUUAAUACUUACUGUAAUGCAUAUAUUUUAAAGAAUUUAAUCCAUUGAUUUACAUUCACAUCAGCGUAUUAGGUUAAGCCGUGAACACCUUAACAAUAAUUCCGUUGCAAUUGAAUGGAAACGAGACGGUGCCUUAAAUCAUGACCGGUGCUGCACGACAAUGUGUAUUUUAUCAGUGAAAGUUAAUUGUUUAUAACAGAAACAAUGUAUGGAGAAAAAUACAUAAUCAUUAAGUUUAGUUGGCAUAAACACUAAAGCCGACUCCUCAUGGAGAGAUUUUGGAUGACGCUAAUUCAAAGCUGAUGAUUUUACCGCUGAAUUAAAACCCUAGAUCGUUGGUUGAGGAAAGCGUACCAUCGUCAAAUGAAAAGUGGCGAUUUAAAUUCAAGCUUCAUUCAACAGAACAUGAGGAAAACCUAUCUAAAUCACGUGGGAAUGAAGAUCACUAUUUAGCGCAAUGUUCAACAGUUGUUUCACUAUGUUACACUAAAAUGUUCAGUUUUAUAUGUCACGAACAACGCUGUAGUAGGAGCUGAUGAUGUAAGAUGGAAGUAAAUGAUAAUUCAAUUAUUCUUCAAAAUAGCAACAGUGUGACAGUAGCUCAUUCUGUGUGGAAAUUUAUUAACAGCCCUAUUAUUGCAAUCUUCUCUGAUCUAAAAAAUGCAACUGCAGAACAAAUGCUUCGAUCCCUCUUAGAAUCAAUAUUAAAUGGCUCUGCUACUUUAACCACAGUUUUAGUUCCACCGUAUACUAAUGGAAUGCAAAAUGAUGUAUUACAGUGUCAAUAUGCAGCAUUUACCACUUGGCUAUUUGGCACAAUGUUUUAUAUAGUUGGGGAACCUUUGAGCAAUGAAAUUCUUAUGAACAGUAUAGAGAUUCAAGCUUGCAUGCUUAGAAUAUUAUCUAGGCACCAUAUUACAAUGUUUGAAGUUGUUAGUGCUGAAUAUAUAAAUAUUCUUCAAGAAAUAUUAGAAUUUUAUAAAACUAAUGGAGAUGAGGAUGAAUUUACAUUAGCUAAGUUUAAUACAGACAGAGAAAUUAUAGAGAAUUUGGAUCUACGAGCAUUUCCUGUUGUAAUAAAGUAUUUUGAUAUACCACAAGUACAAAUAUCUAUAUUAAAAAUUAUUGAGAAAACUGGGGUUUCAGUGUGGAAUGAAAAAGUACUUUCAGAUACCAUGUUGAAAAUACUUGUUGUAUCUGUCCCAAAUGUAAAGAUUAUGGCAUUAAAUUUGUGUUCAAAAUUAAUAGAGCUUUCUUUAAUGAAUGAACAGGAGCUUGAGAGUUUGAUUCUCUAUUUUAUUGAAAUUGUUAAAAUAAUUCCUACGUGGUUGGUGUCAAACGAAUUACAAGGAAAUCAGAUAUGUCAGCUUAUAGAAAUGUUUACUCAAUUUAUUGAGGCACUGCCUGUGUUUUCAAAUAGUAUUGAAUUAUGCUUGGAAACUAUUCAUUUUACAGUUCAUAAGUUAAUUAGGAAUGGUGAUAAUGUUAUAGCUAUUGAAAAACUGAAAGAAAUUAUAUCUAAUAAAGUUAGACAAUACUUUAUUAGGGAACAAAGAGUUUGUACUCCUUCUGAUAUAAAAAGAUUUAUUUCACUUUUUGAGUAUUAUCCAGAUUUCAUUAUUAUUUUUAAUCAUUGUAUUUUUGCUGAUAUUAAACGUAAUGCCAGUGCCAAUAAUUUAGUCAGUGAUAUUUGUGAACCAUGGAAGUUAGUGAGAAAUGAAUUAAUUACUGCAACACAUUCAAAGAAAUUAGAAAAAUGUGUAUUUAUCUUGAAAGCUUCUCGUAUUUUACAAUGUUGGUUGAAGGAUUUAAAGUUGCCAAUGAAUUUAUACACUACUGAAUUAGAUGAUAUUUUGAAAAUACUUGUGGAGUAUUUAAAAUCAGGGCAAUAUCAGCAAAUGCAAAUCAUUUUUGAAUGCUUUAUACAUAUGAUAGCACAUAAUGAAUCAAAUAAGAAUAUACUUCAAAAAUUAUUGACAUUACCAUUUAUUAGACAUAUUGAAAUGCCUGUGGAAUUCAUUAAUAAUCAUGUGAGAGAGGCAGCAGAGUCUCUAGAGAUUGCUAUGAAAUUGAAAUGUCUUGAAAUUCUUUGUGAAUUUAGUAAUGGAAUGGAAACAUUAAAAAUAUUAAAUACUUGUGUUUUAAAUGAUGAAAGUGACUUAGCAGUUGGAGCAGUACAGAAUAGUGUGCUACUCCUAAAAAAGAGUGAAAUAAAAUUUGAAGAUAUCACGAGAUUCGUUCUUCAACCUGCACUACAGUCAAACAAAGAAAAAGUUCAUGAAAUGCUAGUAACUGUUUUGGCUAAAAUAAGUUGCUGUUUGUCUGGAUGUGCAGAUUUUGUAAGAGAAUUGGACAGCACAAAAUGGGAAGUACAGUGUAAAUGUUGCACAGAUGAUGUUGAAAGCAAUGUGGAUACUAAUAUCUAUCGUGUCUCAGAUGAAUAUGAUUACCUCUUGAGCUCUUAUUUUGGUUUAUUAUCUUCAAAUUUUCUUUCUGUGCGUUUGAGCAUUUCUAAAAAUAUAUUGUCAUUUUCAAAUCAUAUAAAUUCUUUUAAUGAUAAUGAAAUAGCAAAGAUGUGGUCUCUAUACAUAGAAGAUCAAGAUCCCACAAUUCGUUCUAAUAUUGCAGUAGCAAUAAAGGGAAUAUUAAAUAAUAAAAUAAACACAGUAAAGAAAUCUGUCAUAUCCAUAGAACAUGAUGUACCUGCUCCAUUAGAUGAAUUUGUUGACUUAAUAAUUAAUACUAUGGCAAGUGCACUUAUAAAAGCUCUAAAGAGUUCUGAUCAUGCACUUCAUGAAACUUUGCUUCUUACAGUGAAAAAUUUUGCAAGUAUUCCAUUGUAUAUUACGGAGCGACGAAUUUUAAAUAUAUUUCUCAUCUCCAUAUUGUAUUCUACAUCAUCACCAACAGCAGUAGCAUUUGCUACAACGGCCUAUAACGACUUUGCCAAAUUAUUAAACAUUUCAACUAAAGUGUUAUAUGUUAGAUAUAAAAAAGAUUUUCUUAAGCUCAUAGUGCAAUGUGCAGUAUACAAUUUUAUAAACUAUUCUUAUAAUAUGGCAACGUCGGUACACCGUGUUGCAAAGUGCAUUGGAUACGAAGGAUCACGUCAAUUACUGCGGAAAGAUGGUCAUUAUGCAAUUUGCUUUUUACUUUCUUUCAUUGUCGAUAUACCAAAUGCAAAAGCUCUGCUACGUGAUAUAGCAGAAUUAGUUAGCAUGGAUGAAAAACAGAUGCUAAAAGAAUAUUUUCCUUAUAUUUGCAGUUAUGCAUUUUUAAAUAUGCCUCUUGCAAGUGCUGCAGAAUAUUUAAGAUUGGUGUCAAGUCUUACACAAAUGAAUUUAUCUGUACUGACAAGACAAUCAUUCAUGGGUAUAUUUGAGGAACUUAUGUUGUAUUUUCAUGAAUCUCCCGAAAAAGUGAUUGGAUUAUUGAAAAUUAUAUCCGAUUAUGACAAUAGUUCAGAAAAAAAUUUUAUUACACAGAAAGGAAUUGAAUCUUAUUUGAAUUUACGUUUGCAUGGUAUAUUAGUGAACUUCGAUAUAAAACUAAGCUCGAAGUCUGAUGAACAUACACAGAAAUCUGCACUUGCAUCAUUGGCUGCAUUAAUGAAGUUUAUGGGACCCGAAUAUUUGACUCCAUUAAGAUACAAAAUCCUAGCCACAUUGAGAACUUCUCUUGGAUUUAAAAGACCAGGAUUUGGACCUCUUAUAUGUGAUGCAUGGGAUGCAUUUAUUCAUAAUAUAGCUAUAAAAGAACUUGGUCCACUAUUACCAACAAUAUGUAUAUCAUUAAUAUCAUUAUUGAAAAUCUAUUCUCAAAAAAUAAUCACUAUAUUGAAAUUCCUCAUUAUUGAGUGCAAUGAAGAAAACUCUGAUCAUAUACCAGAAUUGUUCUUUAUAGAUGACGUAGAUGUACCUGAUGAAAUUGCACAUAUAAUUAAAGCACGUGUUUUACAAGCUAGACCAAAAGGUUUCGAAGCAAAUUUAACAUUAUGGCUAAAACGUAUCACACAUGAAACGGAUGAAGUGAGAUCUAGGGCUUUAAUAUAUUUACAAAAGUUCCUGGCGGAACACCGUAGUCAAUUGAAUAAAAUGAUUCUAAGCGACACGGAUAUUCACCCACUGAUAGUUAAGUUGUUGGAUACAUUAUUAACUGGAUGUCAACAUAAAGAUGAGAAUAUUCGUUUAUUAUACGGAGAAUGUUUAGGGGAAUUAGGUGCUAUUGAACCAAGUCUCUUACCACGACGAAUUAUUUCUAGAGAUGACUAUAAAUUUAUUUCCGAUAUGAAUGAGGAAUUCGCUUGCGCUAUGCUCUUUGAACAUGUACAGGCACUUCAAAUGCAAAAGAGUAGUCAAAGUAUGGAUUGUUUCUCACUAGCCAUUCAGGAAAUUUUAAAAGCGUUUGAGAUUACUCCUCAAGGCAGAAAUAGUGAACUGUGGAACGAUCUCCCUUUGACUACAAGACAAAUUAUUUCUCCCUUUUUAACAUCACAUUACAAAAUUGCUGCUGUGAGUGACGAUAAAAUGUUUCCUCAUCCUAUUUAUGGUUCUGAAGCCGGCUCUUCUGUUGAAAAUUGGGCAUACAAUUGGCUCUGUAGCAUGUUUAACAAUAUCCACGAUGAAAAACUUAACAGUGUAUUGCGUGCAUGCAAAUUAGCUCUCAAGCGAGACAUAAAAAUAUUAACAUUCUGCUUGCCACAUGUUGUAUCAUAUAUAAUAACAAAUGGCUCAGAACAAGAACAUACAAAGAUACGAGAGGAAAUGUUGGCAAUAAUUGAUGUUAGAAAGAAACCUACGCUUGAUCCUGAAUUAUCCCGUCAUCGACCACUUAGGAAUGUACAUAGUAUUAAAACAGAUGAUACGAGAAUCUCAGAAGAAACCAGACGUACGCGUUGUGCACAGAUCGUCUUUUCAGUAUUAGAUCAUUUACAAAGAUGGCUAUGGGAACAACGGUUAAAUCGUAAUCGUAAAUACAAAGCAGUGGAAAAUUUUUGUGAAAAAUUAAACACGUUAAUAGUGGCUGAAGGGUGUUAUCAAUCUAGAGAAUAUCAUAGGGCUUUAAUGUAUUUGGAGCAACACAUGGUCUCCUCUAAUAAAGGUUUGUCUGAACCUCUGGAGGGUGGAUUGAUAGCUAAAAUAUAUGCACAAUUGGACGAGCCAGAUGGUAUAUCCGGUAUACUAGCUUCUCAGGAUCACACGCCUACGGUGCAACAGUUAAUCUUAGCUCACGAAGUUAAUGGACAGCUUCAGGAUGCAGCCACAUGCUAUGAAAGAUUAGCACAAAAGACAGCAUUGAAACAUACAUAUCUUCAAGGAAUGAUUCAAUGCUACCUCGGUCUUGAUCAACCUUUCACGGCGAAACAUAUUACCGAAGGAGUUUUGAGCAGCAGACCAGAAUUAGAACCAUUAAUGAUUGAUAAUGAGCCUUUCUGGAAACUGGCUCAUUUCACUAGACUAGAUGAUACUUUGCAAAAAAAUAUAAAACAUUCUUUAUUAGAAGAUCUGAAACAAGGGGUAAAACCAGACUUGUUGGCAUUAAAACAGAAUUUAGUUAUGCUAUUAGAAGAUGCUUCGCGUCCAGGAGCUUAUCAACAAUGUUACUCCUAUAUUAUGAAGCUACAUAUACUGAAUGAAUUCGAUAAGGCAGUGUCUACGAUGCUAACAGAUAUACAGCAACUUCCAAUGAUAUUCGAAGAAUGGGAAAAACGUGGCCAGCUUGUUAGAUCUUCUCGUGGGGUGGAAUUUGUAUUAAGUAUGCGUAGAGCUACUUUAGAUUUAGCAGUCCAGUUAGAGAAGCAGAUUAACAAUACAGAAAAUUCUAUGCUUAAACAAGAAAUUGGAAAAAUUUGGCUUAAGAGUGCCAAAAUUGCGAGGAAGAGAGGAUUGCAUCAACAAGCGUACAUGUACAUUUUAUCAGCUAGCGAUUCUUGUCCAUUACAACAGCUAUACAUAGAACAAGCUCAGUUGUAUUGGCAAAAAGGUUGCCAAGAAGAUGCUUUUACAACAUUAAAGCGAUGUUUUGCUAGCUGUUUCCAACCGGCUAGUUAUUACAAAACCCUAUCAUCAUUAAACUGUGUUGAAGAAAGAAAACAAUGUGCAAAGGCGAAACUUCUGUAUGCAAAAUAUAAUGAUGAAACGGUGAACGUAGAUACCGAUGCCAAUAUCAUGAAUUAUAAAGAGGCUAUUGAAGUUUGGAGAGAGUGGGAGAAAAGUUUUCUUGCAUGUGCUCAGUACUAUGAGUCUGUUAUAGACAGGUUGUCAGAUGAAGAGAAGGACAAAAAAGGAAGAGAUUUACAAGUACAUACUAUGAAUUUCUAUGGAAAGUCACUUCUAUAUGGUUGCAAGUAUAUUCACCAAUCUAUGCCAAGAAUGUUAACUGUAUGGCUAGAUUUUGCUUCUCGUGUAAGAUCUCGAUCUCAUCAUUCCGUAAAUGAAGAAGUUGAAAAAUACCAACGAGAUGCGUUACUAAAAAUGACAAAAAUUAUGGAAGUGUAUCAAGACCGACUGCCAAUAUUUAUGUGGUUAACUGCAUUCAGUCAGCUUGUAUCUAGAAUAUGUCAUCCAUCAACAGAAGUACAAAAUACCCUUUAUACAAUAUUAGUAAAGCUAAUCUAUGCUUAUCCACAACAUUGCUUAUGGAUGAUGGCGUCAGUUAUCAAUUCAUCUUAUCCUGCACGCCAGAGGUGCUGUAGGGAAAUUCUAAAUAAUCCGAAGUUAAAAUCAGGGGAAAUGUUGAAACUUAUAAAAGAUUUCCAUAGGCUGUGGGAGAGACUAAUCGAAUUAUCUAAUAAGCCAAUACCUGAUGGCGUUCUGAACACUACAGUCAGUCAGUUAUCACGAAAUUUGCCUCGUUUACUUUCAACCAAAGACUUCAGCUCAAUUAUGAUGCCAACAACCAAAUUCAAACAACUUCAUCUACCCUCUAAAGGAGUAUCCUUAGAAAACCAUAAUCCAUUUUCAUCCAAUUGGGUUCAUAUAUCUGGCAUAGAAGAAGGCAUACUCGUUAUGCCAUCUCUUCAAAGACCGCGUCGCAUCGCAUUAAAAGGAUCAGAUGGUAAGCAAUAUCUUUUCAUGUGUAAACCGAAGGACGAUUUGCGAAGGGAUUUCAGAUUAAUGGAGUUCAACGAUAUCGUAAAUAAAUAUCUGCAAAAUGACCCAGAAUCUCGCCAAAGAAGAUUGUACAUUCGAACAUACAGUGUUGUUCCCUUAAACGAAGAAUGUGGUUUAAUAGAAUGGGUACCGAAUCUAGUUGGUUUUAGGCCGAUCAUACUAAACAUGUAUAAGGAAAGGGGUAUUGCAAUUUCAACCAGAGAACUCAGAAGCAUGUUAUGCACUUUAAAAGAUUCUCUGGAAAAAAAGAGGAAGGUGUUUUUAGAACAACUCAUGCCUCGACACCCUUCUGUUCUUGGAGAUUGGUUCCGCCUCACAUUCCCUGAUCCAUAUGGAUGGUACGAAGCACGUACCGCUUACAUUAGAACUACAGCAGUGAUGUCCAUGGUAGGAUAUAUUCUUGGUCUCGGAGAUCGGCAUGGAGAGAAUAUAUUGUAUGAUUCUAAAUGUGGAGACUGUGUGCAUGUGGAUUUCAAUUGUUUAUUUAACAGGGGUGAACUGUUUGAUUGGCCAGAACGAGUGCCAUUUCGUUUAACUCAUAAUAUGGUAGACGCUAUGGGACCAUUAAAAAUUGAGGGACCAUUUAGGCGUGCUUGUGAGACUACUAUGAGGGUUCUUCGACAACAGUGUAGUACAUUAGUAAGUGUACUCACUCCAUUUGUAUAUGAUCCGCUUGUUAGCUGGAACAAAAAUCAAGCCUGCGAAGGCGGUGAAAAAACAAACGAAAAGGCUGUAGAACAUAUAAAAAAUAUAGAACAGCGACUUAAGGGUUUAAUUCGAUCACAUGGAAAGAAAUUAGAAAAUAUUGCACUGAACUUAAGUGUUGAAGGACAAACUAAUCAUCUGAUUUUGGAAGCAACUAACAUAGAUAACCUUUGCCAAAUGUAUUUUGGUUGGGGUGCGUACAUGUAAGGAAUAAUUAAGAGAAUACCUGAUUACUUGUAUAUAACACAAUAAUUGCGGGAUAUUUAUAAUUAUGAAAAUCAAAUCCGAUUCUUAAGCUUCUAAAUUGAAGCUUCGAAACAUCAUAAAGUAUGAAAGUGCAGUACUAAGGGUCUGCAAAAUGUAUAUAAAUCAUUUAUACAAUUUCUGUAUAUUGUAAGCAACAUUAUGAUAUUAAAAAUUUUAUAUGUUUUCAUACAAUAGAUACGUAAACUUUUACCGAAGCGAAGCUUUCCAAUUGCAUGAUAUAUAUUUUCCCUGCAGAAAUGUAACUAGGUCUUUGCGAACGUAGCAUAAUCAUCAAUGCUUCGUACUUAACGAAAGUUGACACUUUGUACCAUUGUAUAGAAUAUACAGCUCGGCUUAUCCCAACACUCUAUUACCAUAAAAAAUAAUUUGAGAUUAAAUAUAUCAUGUUGUACAAAAUAAUGCGAUCCACGUUUAUCUACGAUUAUUUUUACCUGGGAGAUUAAUAUAUCUCCAGGAAAACAAAAAAGCAGUAAUUGGAAAAAUGCCACUAUUAAAUGGGAACCAAAUUUUAUCAACUUAGAUUGAUCCAAUAAAGUCUAUAAUCAAAGAAAUAUGAAUAGAUAAUGAAUUAUAAUAAUGUAACAUAUAUUUUGUGCUGAAAAUAAAUUCCAUAAUUCCAAAAUUAUGCUUACUAUAGAAACUUGCAAACCAACAAAACAAAGUAUAAGGCUACUGGCCACAGUUUGCAAAAAUAGCAUUACAUUAAAAUUCUUUUCCAUAUUAUUACAGAACCUGAAGUUUGUUAAACUGAAUAAGAAAAUGCUUGACUUGUAUUAUACAUAUUAAGUU